ACAGUGUUUAGCUAGGUUUUGGAUUUCUUAAUUUAACUUAUUACAUACUCAUAUUAUUUAAUCAGAGGUGAAGAUCUUCCACAUGUUUUGUGCAGAAUGGGAAUGCUGGCAGUUCUUAGGUCAAAACAGAAAAAAGCCAGUAUAGGAGUAAUGAUCACAGCAUCACACAACCCAGAAGAUGACAAUGGUGUCAAACUUGUAGAUCCAUUAGGUGAAAUGCUUGAAAUGAAAUGGGAAAAAUUAGCAACCUCAUUAGCUAAUGCAAGUGAUGAUCAACUUUCUGAGACACUUACUGGUAUUAUAGAGCAAGAGAAGAUAGAUAUGAACAGUCCUGCAGAUGUUGUUGUUGCCAGGGAUACAAGGCCAAGUAGUUUGAGCCUCUCACAAGCAUUGCAGUGUGGAAUAGAAUCACUUAAUGGAACUUUCAGCAAUUUUGGUUUAUUGACUACCCCGCAGCUGCACUACAUGGUCAGAUGUAAGAACACAAGGGAAGGAUAUGGCCAGUGUUCUGAGGAAGGAUAUUAUAAAAAAUUGUCAGCAGCUUUUGUGAAACUUCUUAAAGCUGUGAGAAACACUGGGAAAUACAACAGUGAAUUAACAGUGGAUGCUGCCAAUGGAGUAGGUGCAGACAAGGUUAAAGCACUUGCCAAGCAUCUGGGAGAGGCCCUCACAAUUCAUAUAUGUAAUGAUGGAUCUACGGGGAAACUGAAUUACAGGGUUGGAGCAGAUUUUGUGAAAGUUAAUCAGUGUUCACCUGAUGGUAUGACGCUAAAUCAAGGCAUGAAGUGUGCCUCCUAUGACGGGGAUGCUGAUAGAAUUGUCUACUUCUUUAUUGGAUCUGAUGGAAAGUUCCAUUUAAUGGAUGGUGACAAAAUUGCAACUCUGGUAGCGGGCUACUUACAGAGUUUAGUUAGACAAAGUGGAUUAGAUCUCAACCUUGGUUUGGUACAAACAGCAUAUGCCAAUGGAAGCUCAACUAAGUACAUCACACAAACCUUGAAAGUGCCGGUAGCUUGUGUGGCCACUGGUGUGAAGUAUCUACAAGCCAAAGCCCUAGAUUUUGAUGUUGGUGUGUAUUUUGAGGCAAAUGGGCAUGGAACAGUUUUGUUUAGUGAAAAUGCUGAGAACAGAAUCAGGCAGGCCUGCAGUGAUAACAGUUUAUCAGAGGAUCAGAGAAGAGCAGCAGACACUUUAUGUACCAGUAUUGAUCUCAUUAACCAGACUGUAGGUGAUGCUAUGUCAGAUAUGUUAUUGGUGGAAAUGAUUUUAUGUAGUCAUGGUUGGGACAUUGAAGACUGGUUUACAUGUUACACAGAUCUUCCUAACAGACAGCUGAAGGUUAAGGUGAAGGACAGGACUGUGAUAAAAACAACAGCAGAUGAGACACAAGCAAUCAGUCCAGAUGGUUUACAGUCAGCCAUAGACAAUCUAGUGAGGAAAUAUAACUCUGCGAGAUCAUUUGUUAGACCCUCUGGAACAGAGGAUAUUGUCAGAAUCUAUGCUGAAGCUGACACACAGGAAGCAGCAGACACCUUAGCUAAUGAGGUUUGCCAGGCAGCUUAUGACCUUGCUGGGGGUAUAGGUGACCGACCAUAAUGUACACAACAUUAUACUGGAUAUUUAUAUAGACGAACACAAAAACCACCAUAAAACUAUCAGGGACAUGUGUACAACAAUACAGUUCUCUUCUGGCUAGUUUUUAACAAACUAUAAAAUAGAAAUAACUGUUAUUGUUUUAUGCAAAGAAAUAAUCGUAACCAAAAAUAGAAAUCUCAGUAUUUUAGUUAUUUCCUUACAUCAGCAUACUAGAAAUACAAAGCGUCUAUUAUUGUCAUGAA